AUGCUGCCGAUUGACCGUCGAACAGGAAUUCUAACGUCGAGGAGGAGGGCCGCUCAGAAGAGUAAACUGGUUGCCGACGAGGAACAAAGGAAGGUGACACGAUUACGACCGGAGCCAUUGCCGCAAGUGGUACCGAAUGGGUACAUCAAAUCAAAUGGCAUUUAUACAUGGCCUAAAGGACGAACAACGAUGACUGAAGUGACGACCGAAUGCCGAGACCCUCCCGCUAGGUGCCGUACGCUACCCCCUCUUCGAAACGGCAGAAAGAAGAAACCUCCUCGUCUCCAUCCUAUUUCACCGGCACGGAAUAAUGACACAGCAGGUGCUUACGUAUAA